AUGCACCCCUUCUCCGUCCUCACACUUGCGAUCUUCGUAGCCGGCUAUAUCACUGCAAGGUGGGAUCUGGUUACGCGACUUUAUGAGCUCGCGAUUUUUGCUUGGGAUCACGGAGUUGUCGCGCGCACAGCGAAAGGCACCCACGGUCUGGGAGUGCGGGGAUAUCUGCGAGGGAACAACUGCGUCGUCGAGGAUCAUUCUGACGACCUUUCUGGCAAAGAAGCUGUCAUGCCCGAGCAUGACGGGCUCAUGAGGAUAUUUUGGCCCCUGGAUAUACCCAAGUCUGAUGCGCCAGGGGUAAUCGUCGGCUGGAGGAACUCUGGGCUGGACGUCUUUGUUGUAGCGAUACUAGAGGAUGUCGAUGCGCGGAACGUGGAAAACGCUCUGAAGGCUGGCACAUUAUUCCGAAAUGCAGCGCAUCCCAUGGAACGAAUUUAUGAGCUCUCCGGACAAUCUUCGAUGCAUGUUCUGGGGCUCGCGAAUACUCCAGACGCCGAGGUUGAGACUCUCCAGAUGCAUGCGGCCACGGGCUCCAACGCCAAAGCUCCCAGGAUAUCAUGCGCCAGAGCAUCCACAAUACAGAUCAUCAUGUUUGAGCGGCCGCAGCCGCACCGGAUGCAGUACAUAUCGCUGAACCCUAUCUCUUUGGCAUUGGGGGACAAGGCCGAGUUGAUCCUUGAGCCCGGCACAGUGGAUGCACAAGAAGAGCAAGAAGAGUUGAAGAAUAGGAGAAAAAUGACGAACUUAGUCGAUAAGUUGAAGCUUCAUACUAUCACCAAGCAUCCAGCCUCGCAAAAGGAGCUUGCUCUGCCAAGAAUCGUCAACCAAAUCAACUGCUCGUCCGAACUUCACUCGUUACUACAGAAGAACAUUUCACUUGUUGGCAGACGCACUCGCCGGAGUCUGAGCGUGUCAGAACGUGUAGUCGAGUCAGCUACAACAAUGAGAAACUUUGUAGUGAUGGCGAUCUGGCAAAUAAUUACCCUCUACCUCUACCCUAUUCUACGGCGAGCUUUUGUCAUUGGACUUGUAUGUCAUCGGGUGGCCGCGGAGGCAAUUCUUGUCAUGCUGGAGUGGAGGGCUAAGCCGGGUUAUGCUGCCCUGAAGGAUGUAUCUGCCACUGCUCAGCAAGUUGAAAUUCGGUUGUUGCAAGCUUGCUACUGGCCUAUGCAGUAUCUGACAUUGAAGAAGAGAAAGGAUGACUGGGAGAGUGUGACACAUAGCCAUCCAGAAUACAUAAGGUUCUAUAAUACACUUUGGCUCGUUGCAAAUGAUGUUAUCAUAGGUAUUGCCAUGGGGUCUUUCCUUAUAGAUAACAAAGACUGGAUUGCGGAACUCAUAGGUGGAAUUCUCAAAGACUACUCCAUUGAAGCGCUUCAAACAACGCUGGCGUGGCUAAUGGACUAUCCGGCGGGUCUGAAGCUGAACAACGAGUUGGCAGCAUUUCUCGGUGACCUCUUCUUAUGGGUUAUAGAUCAUUGGAGCAGCUGCGUUGAAGCACUGAACCCCUUACUGCCCCACGCUAUCUGGUUCAUUGGAUUCUCCAGCUUUGCAGGAGCAAGCAUGCCAAUUGCACUCUUUUCAGAUCUUCUAUCGGUGCUGACCCUCCACAUCUACUCUUUCUAUCUCGCCUCGGCCCGGAUCUACAACUGGCAAUACACCAUACUUCUCUCCCUCUUUCAGCUAUUUCGCGGAAAGAAACACAAUGUACUCCGAAAACGUAUCGACUCCUGCGACUACGAUCUGGACCAACUUCUUCUGGGAACAAUCCUGUUCACGCUUCUCUUCUUCCUGCUGCCAACAGUGAUUGUAUUUUACCUCACUUUUGCAUGCGCACGCAUGGCGAUCAUAUCUCUGAAAGCCUCCCUCGAUACGCUUCUAGCGUGCCUGAACCAUUUUCCACUCUUCGCGCUCAUGUUGAGAAUAAAAGAUUCUCAGAGAUUGCCAGCUGGCAUUAGCUUUGAACUUCGAGACACGCAACAAUUGGUUGAUACCGCCCUCAGAACACCACCAACCUCACACAUAUACCUCAAAUCUGUCCCCCUAACCUUCCGCGCGAUGUUCCAACAAUACUUCCAGCUCGGCCACCGCAUCCGCAAACACUAUCUCUCACCCCGCGUCCUCCUUUGCCUCGCAACAGGCAAGUUUGUGCCACCAAUUCACCGUAAGAAUCUCUAUAGCUUGCAGUACAGCAUGUUACCAGCUCGGCGGGCGGGUAUCAUGGAUAUGUGGCGCGCGUUGACGGACGAGGUGCCGAGGAAAAUGAGUGUCUAUGACCUGAGGAUUAAUGGGAAGAGGUUGAAUGGGAAUGGGAGAAGGGGCUACGGGCAUUGA